AUGGCAACUCCACAAAAAAACACAGAAAACCCAAUGAAGUUAGAGGGCAACACGACGGAGCGUGUGGACAGUAUUAAGAAGUCACUUGAGAAACUUCUAAGCCUUUCUGUAGAUGAUGCAUCGGAAACAGGGACGCUGCGGUCCAGGAUAAACGAACAGUCAAGUCUGAUCUGCAUGCUGAAACAGAGAGCAGAUGAGGUGCUCCUUCGAAGUCAAGCCCUUCAGAAAAUCAAUACAGAGCUAGAGGGCCAACUAGCAGACUGCCAAAAAGAACUGGACGGUGAAAGAAAGAAAGGAGAACUAUUAGAGAAGAGAUUUAUGGAUUUAGCUGCCAACAAUCAAGCAAUUAUUGCUUUCAUGGAUGAGUACAAACAUCAGAAUGCCCAGUUAAAGCUGGAAAACGAACAGCUGCAGUCAGAAAAUGACAAGCUUUUCUCCCAAAAAUUACAAGAUAAAGAAGUGUUUGUUCAAAAACUGAUGCAAGAAAUCAAACAGCUGACAGAGGGAUACACACACAAGGAAAAGGAAUAUCGGGAGAAUUUAGCUGGAUGCCAGUCAAAACUCCUGGAACAAAUGACUCAGCAUCAAGCCAAGGACGCAUUGCUACUUGAUCAACUGUGUGAUGCUCAGCGACAACAAAGAGAUGCUAUAGAGAUGUGCAACGAGCUUGAGCUGAAGCUACAAAAGGCUGAAGAAGAGCAUGCUUUGAAGGAAACCAGCAUAAGAGAUAGCAUUACAAGCCUCACCAAAGAGAAGGACAAAUUACUGUAUCUGUCUAUGGAAAGAGGAAAAGUGAUACAGGAGAAACAAAAGGAAAUCCAACAACUGGAGACAAAAUGGAAAGAAGAGAAAAAAGCCCGGGCUAAGGCAGAGAACAGGUUUGAACAGGAAGCCGAAGCUGUUAAUGCAGAUCUUAAAGUGAAGUCCCUCCAGUCUGCUCUUGCUGACUCCACGGCAAACUAUGGAAAGCUGAAAAAGGAUUUUGAAGCCCUCAAAGAACACAGCACCAACCUCCUUUUGCAAGAAAGAGAGUUAAAUAAGAAGCUUCGCCAUAUGAUGGGCUAAU